CCCAGGUGGAGCAUACAGUAAGGGGUACAAGCCAAUGAUCCACCAGGACUUUGUUCGUUCCCUGUCUGCCCGGAGACGCUACUGGGCUCGCAGCUUCAUUGGCUGGCGGAGAUUUUCAGCUGCCCGGCCGGGCAUGGCGCACAGGGCACUGGCGCGGCUGCAUGAGAGGGGGAGACUAGCGGGUGGCAUUAUCACACAGAAUGUUGACAGACUGCACCACAUUGCGGGGAGCCCAGCCCUUGAACUCCACGGCACCACGCACGAGGUGGUCUGCAUGAACUGUGGAGAUAUCUCAUGUCGAAGAACCUUCCAGGAAAGGAUCAAAGAUGCCAACCCAGAGUGGGCAGCAGCUGUGGAGCACUUAGAAGAGGGAAGACCAGCAGGAUCGGACGAGUCAUUUGGCACGAGGAGGCGGCAGCAGCGGAGCGCAGAGACAAGAACUGCUGGUUCUGAAAGUGCCGAGUUUGGGAGCACUGAUUCUGGAGUGUCUGAGCGGGAGUUGAUGGGCAUGCGGAGGCGGCCGGAUGGGGAUAUAGAGAUCAGCAAGGAGGAGUGGGAGAGGCACGGAGAGUUCGUUGUGCCGAGCUGUGGAGCAUGUGGUGGUGUGCUGAAGCCCAAUGUUGUACUUUUUGGCGACAACCUUCCACCUGCCCGCAAUCAAGAAGCUGCCCGGAUGAUGUCAUCUGCCGACUCGCUAUUGGUCGUUGGCUCCUCGCUGAUGGUGCUCUCAGCUUUUAGGAUCGCAAGUCAAUGCAUGCAUGAAGGCACGGCGCUAGCACCGCUAGCUGUGGGGCCAAGCCGUGCUGAUAUGAUUCCGUGCUGCCCCUGCCACUACCCAUUCUGCCACCCGCUUCAUUCCCCCACCCGCUUCAUUCCCCCACCCGCUUCAUUCCCCCACCCUCCUCUCCCCUUACAGCCAAUGCGUGCAAGAAGGCAAGCCGCUAGCACUGCUAGCUCCAAUGUGUGCAUGAAGGAAAGCCGCUAG